AUGACAACUGCUUUGAUCCCCAUCGCCGACGGCUCGGAAGAGAUCGAAGCCAUUACUCUGGCCGAUGUGUUGACGCGCGGCGGCGUCCAAGUAACGCUAGCCACUGUCGGCAAUAAGCCACAGAAUAUCGUUACGAUGUCACGUGGUGUCAAGGUGCAAGGAGAUGUAGCCAUUGAAGAAUGCACCGGCAAGAACUUCGACCUCGUCGUGUGUCCGGGCGGUAUGCCUGGUGCCGAGCACCUUCGUGAUUCGAAAGAGGUAGUAGCUCUGCUGCAAAAGCAAAAGGAAGACAACAAAUUGUACGGUGCUAUUUGUGCCGCUCCAGCUGUCGUGCUGCACACGCACGGACUACUUCCUUCUGGUCCAGCCACGAGUUACCCGAGCUUUGAGUCUAAAAUGACGGGAGUGGACUAUAAACACGAGAAUGUUGUCGUGAAUGGCAAGUGUGUGACUAGCCAAGGUCCAGGUACUGCUAUGGCCAUGGGAGUGAAGCUUGUGGAGCUACUUUGUGGCCACGAGAAGGCCCAGUCGGUCGCUCAGGGACUUCUUAAUACCCUUCAGGAGAAGAAACUACACCUGAUCAAGUCACGCCUAAACCAAGAACAAGUUGAGGACGACGUGUGCCGACAAAAUUACGGUGAUAAAAAGUGGGCUCGUCCUCUGUCCUCUUCAUUCAAUCGAAAAUUUCGAGCAGACAUGUAUCGGUGUUUCAGUUUGGUGAGGGAGGCAAAAACAUCCGAUCGUACGGCUCGAGAUAAGCUCAAUGAAAACCAGGAAAAGUCGGAGGCAUUGUCGCGGGAUAAGGCAAGUCUUGAUCAUGAGUUGCCAGAGUUACAGCAAAACAACUUCAGCUGUAAGGAAGAGAUAGCAUGUGUGUCUUCGCUGUUUUCGCACCUUGAACGACAUGUGCAGGAAAAACACCACGUCUUAUAUGAUUUUAGACAUUCUUACAACAAUUUUGACGCUCUUCCUGAGCUACUGAGUGGGAAAAAUGCUGGCGCCGUCUUUACCGAUACUGCAUUCGAAGCCGAAAAGCAGUCUUUAUGCGAUGAAUUUGAGAGGAGAAUUUCUUCUAUAUGUAAAUUGGAGCGCUAUAUGCUCCAAGAGAUAGUAAAGGCCAACGCUCGUUUUGAAGCAAAGAAAGAGAUCAGUCAUGUGCUGCGCGAGCGUCAAACGUUUCUUCAAUAUUUGAACGAUGGUGCUGACGUUUUCGAACAGCUUCAUUCGCACGUCGAAGAAAAAAAAGUUUUACGAUGA